CUCUUUCCCUCAAAUUGGUGAUUAUUCCAUCUGGGUUUUCCUUCUUUUCUCAAAUUGAUCAGUGUUGAUUAAUUGGUUUCCAUUUCUAGACAAAGAGACCCAGAAGCAGCACUUGCAGUGUCUGAAAAAUGUACGAGGAGACUGCUUGCUUUGAUCAAAACCCCAUGACAGAAGGUACAAUAUCAGUGGAUGGGUUUUCUGUCCCACUCCCAAACAACAACUUUGAAGUCAGGCUCUCAAUGGAGGAGCUCUCUUACCAUCACCAUAACAACCACACCCCUUGCCAUGAAGAUGUUGCUAUCGAUAUGGGGCUCCAACAGCACCUAGCAUUCAACAACAACACCAACAACACAACAACCGAUCUUAACAAUACCCAUUUGAUUGACAACUCAUACAACCUCCACGAGAUGCAAGGUAUGGAUGGUUUCAACUAUCAUCAGCAACAACAGCACCAAAUCGACAUCCAAAAUGGGCACCAAGGCUUUGAUUGUAGUUCCUAUCCGGCGACAACACCGGACCUUCUCAAUCUUUUCAACAUGCCCAGAUGUUCAGCUUCAACUUUCAUGCCUAAUUCAUCCAUAACCUUCUCAAACCCAACUCUCCAGAAUCCCACAAACAAUUAUCCAAGCAGUUUUCUUGGAGGAGAAGUUCCAACAGUAACAGAUAGCCCCUCUGGUGGGUCUGUUUACUAUGACCCAGUUUUCCAUUUAAACCACCUGCCCCAACAGCCUCCUUUGUUCAGGGAAUUGUUUCAGUCUCUACCCAAUGGCUACACCUUGCCUGGCUCAAGAAAUGGUUCCUUGUUUGGCACAACUGGAGUAGUAGUUGAUGACACAGAGGGUUGUUUGUACCAAGAUGAUGGGGAUGCGAGGCAGUUUGAGAAUGUCCUCGAGUUCACUGGAAAAGCCAGAGAUGGAGAGACAAAACACUUUGCAACUGAGCGCCAUAGGAGACAACACUUGAACCAGAAAUACACGGCCUUGAGAAGCCUUGUCCCUAACCCUACUAAGACUGAUAGGGCAUCUGUGGUGGGAGAUGCCAUAGAAUAUAUCAAAGAGCUUUUGAGGACAGUCAAUGAGUUAAAAUUGCUGGUAGAGAAAAAGAGAUGUGGGAGAGAGAGAAGCAAGAGGCUUAAGACCGAAUCUGAGUAUGGGUCUGGGGAUUUGGAGAACUGUAGCAUGAAGCCACUUGGUGGUGACACUGACCAGUCCUACAAUGGGUCUUUGAGAAGCUCAUGGCUUCAGAGAAAAUCCAAAGACACUGAGGUUGAUGUUCGUAUCAUCGACGAUGAGGUUACCAUCAAGCUAGUCCAGCGUAAGAACAAUUGCUUGCUAUUUGUUUCUAAAGUCCUCGACGACCUUCAGCUUGAUCUUCACCAUGUUGCCGGAGGCCACAUUGGUGAUUUCUACAGCUUCUUAUUCAACACCAAGAUAUAUGAAGGGUCUUCUGUGUAUGCAAGUGCUAUAGCCAACAAGCUGAUUGAGGUUGUGGACAAACAGUGUGCAGCAAUUCAACCUACCAGUAGCUAUUAGGGUUGGAGACGAUAGAAAGGAAGUCUUUUGAGUUUAAUUUAGUGUUCAAUAUAUGUGAUAGUAAAUACUAGUAGUAUAAGUACUAAUUAAUAAAGUUGGUGGUAGGAAAGGUAUACAUGAACUUGGUUCAAUAUGUAUUCCUUGUUUUCAAAGUUGAAUGUUAUGUAUGUUUGGUGCUCUGGUUAGCUACUGACCUACUCGUUCAUUUUGUAAUAGAAUCUAUAUCAAAUUCCUGGACAUUUUAUGGGUAAACUUAGAUACAAAUCUGAAGUUGUUCU